UCCUCUUCGGUAGUGUACACAGAGCCUUUGCUUGCCCCCUUUAUUGUUGCAAAAAGUUUCAUCAUCCACUUUUUCUAUUCACUUUUCAUCACAAAAAGUUAAUUUUGUCCCAACAUUUUGCCAAAUACUACCUUGUUUCAUGUCAGGACAGGUAUGCAUGGUGAUGCGGGUUAAUGUGGAUUGCCCUUCUUGUUGCAGAAAAAUGAGAAGAAUCAUUCUCCGAAUGAAAGAAAUAGAGAUGCACCUAAUAGAGAAGCAACAGAACAGAGUAAGCGUAUUUGGGCGGUUUGAUCCAGCAGAUACAGCCAUAAGAAUCAGGAAAAAAAUGAACCGGAGAGUUGAGAUUUUGGACAUUCAAUUACAAGGCAAUGGUGAUGGACAGGCAGAGGAGAUGCAUCAUGCAGCCCCAGGUGGCCCUGAUCAGUCCAUUAUGAAACAAGCCUGAUGGGCAGGUGAAAUCUGCAGCUUGUACAGGGGAUGUUCUUAUAUUGAAGUAUUCAUAAGUUUAGUUACAUGUUUUAGUAAAAUGAGUUUGUUGGUUUAUGCUUGUGUGGAAGAACUAAGGCCCUCUUUGUAUACAAUACCAAAUUAAUGUAUGCUGAUGUAAAUAAUUUAGUUGUCUUUAAAAGAACUUUAAUUUAGUCCAAUUACAAGGAGCAGAAAGUU